GCCAAUUGUGUACCAGGCAUUAGGAAGGUCAAAUAUAGGUUACAUACGUCAAGAGGAGGAGGAACUUUUAAUUAGACAAGGUCGUAAUCACUUUAUUAAAUUGUCGGCUUUUUUAAACUAAGUAGUAAAUCAUGCCCGCAAAAUAUAAGAUUGUGAUGAUCCGUCAUGGAGAGAGCGAAUGGAAUCAGAAAAACUUAUUUUGCGGCUGGUACGACGCCGACCUUAGUGACAAGGGUCGAGAGGAAGCUGUCGCUGCUGGAAAAGCUUUAAAAGCCGAAGGCUACCAGUUUGAUGUCGCUCAUACAUCGGUUUUGAAAAGAGCUCAAAUAACAUUGAAUUCAAUUCUCAAUGAAAUCGGACAGACCGAUUUGCCGGUCAAUAAAACUUGGCGAUUGAACGAGCGGCAUUACGGUGGUCUUACGGGUCUUAACAAAGCCGAGACUGCUGCCAAAUAUGGAGAGGCGCAGGUUCAAAUUUGGCGACGAAGCUUCGACAUUCCACCCCCGGCGAUGGAGAAAGACCACCCAUACUAUGAGACCAUUGUAAAAGAUGCGCGCUACGCCGGGGACCCAAAGCCUGAGGAGUUCCCAAUGUUUGAAAGCUUGAAGCUUACUAUUGAGAGAACACUUCCAUACUGGAACAAUGUUAUCGUUCCCCAGAUUAAGGAAGGAAAAAAAAUUAUAAUUGCGGCUCAUGGAAACAGUCUGAGAGGAAUUGUAAAGCAUUUAGAUAAGCUGAGCGAUGCGGCCAUCAUGGAGCUGAACCUGCCCACCGGCAUCCCCUUUGUGUACGAGCUGGACGAGAACUUGGAGCCGGUGGACUCCAUGGUGUUUUUGGGAGACGAGGAGACGGUGCGCGCCGCCAUGGCCGCCGUGGCCGCGCAGGGCAAGGCCAAGUAGCCACACCCACACACAUUUGUCCAUUAUUAGUGAGAUUACGAGAAAAAAUUUUAUUUGCACUCGAAUGUUUCAUAUUGUUUUGUUAUAAAAAGAUAUCAUUAUAAUCAUGUAGAUAUAUUUUUAAUAAGCUACUUAAGUUUC